AUGUCCACUAGAAAGUUCCCUGUUCCUACUUUUAAGAAUAAAGAUUUGAUUUCCAAGUCUCCAUUGGUAGAUGGUGAAUGGUUAGACCCUAACAAUGCCAAAGAAUACUUUGAAGUUACUGACCCUGCAUCCAAUGAGAUAAUAGCUAAAAUGCCAGAACAAACUUCUGCCAAUGUAGAAAAGGCCAUUGAUGCUGCAUAUAGAGCUUUCCAAACUUAUAGGAAAACUUCGCCUCAAGAAAGAUCGAAAUGGCUUUUAAACCUUUACAAUCUCAUGAUUGAAAAUAAAGAAGAUUUGGCUAAAUUAAUCUCAUGGGAAAAUGGUAAAUCUCUAGAAGAAUCACGUUCGGAAGUUCAAUACGCUGCCUCAUAUUUCCAAUGGUUCUCUCAAGAAGCAACAAGAGUUUACGGAACAACUAUUCAACCAUCUAACCCGACAAGUCGUGUGUUCACUAUAAGACAACCUGUUGGAGUAUGUGGGAUCAUUUGCCCUUGGAAUUUCCCAAGUGCCAUGAUUACAAGGAAAAUGGCAGCUGCCUUGGCAGUAGGUUGUACUGUUGUCAUUAAACCUGACUCUCAAACUCCAUUAUCUGCAUUAGCCUUAGGUAAAUUACAAGAACAAGCAGGGUUUCCUAAAGGUGUAGUAAAUAUUAUAUUGUCACAUAAAAAUACUCCUGAAUGUGGGAAAACAUUAUGUCAAUCGUAUAGAGUCAAAAAAGUUUCAUUCACUGGUUCUACUCAAGUGGGGAAAAUUUUAAUGGAUCAAUCUUCUUCCACUUUGAAAAAGUUGUCAUUCGAAUUAGGUGGGAAUGCACCAGUUAUUAUAUUUGAUGAUUGUGAUCUAGACGCAGCGGUCAAUCAAACCAUUGCCUCUAAAUUUAGAGGUUUAGGCCAAACUUGCGUUUGUUCAAAUAGAAUUUACGUUCAUAGUUCAAUCAUCGACAAGUUUGCUGAUUUAUUAGCUGAAAAGGUAAAGAAAUUCGUUAUCGGUCCAGGUUUAGAAGAUGGCGUUACCCAUGGAUGUAUCAUUAAUGGUAAAGCUAUUGAAAAAAUUGAAUAUCAUGCUAAUGAUGCCAUUAAAAAAGGUGCCAAAAUUGUCUUAAAGGGCGGGCCUUUGAAAGAUAUUGGUCCAAAUUUUUAUGCUCCUAUUAUCUUAUCUCAUGUUCCGAAUAAUGCAGUGGUAUCUAAAGAGGAAACUUUUGGUCCAUUAUGUCCAAUUUUUAAAUUUGAUACUUUGGAAGAGGUAGUUGGAUACGCCAAUGAUACGGAAUUGGGGUUGGCUUCUUAUGUUUUCAGUAAGAAUGUUGAUACUAUUUAUACUGUCGUUGAAGCUUUAGAAGCUGGUAUGGUUUCUUGUAAUACAGGCAUUUUCUCAGAUGCUGCUAUUCCAUUUGGUGGUAUUAAAGAAUCUGGAUUUGGAAGAGAAGGAUCAUUACAUGGUAUUGAAGAUUAUACUGUUUUGAAAACAAUUACAAUCGGAGGUUUACCACCAAUGUUAUAA